AGGUAUUGGGGGAAGGGGAGGGAUCAAUCGAAAAGAAAUGGAAGUGGUUUAAAGUUCAUAUUUCACUUUUUGCUAUCCCUAUAGCGUCCAACUUGUGAGUUACUUACAGGCUGUAAAAGCUUCUCCAGUCUAAAAAUAUCUGAAAACUAAACUUGAAUUAACUCUUGAUACAAAUAGUACUUUGAAAAUUCAGUAUUUAACCUUGUUUUAAAAUUUUAUUCUCAAAGCAUUUUUUUCCAGCCAGUCACAUUUUUAAAAGGUUGUAUUACUUUUAGUUAGAACUGAAAGGGCUCAACUAGCAUUUGCUGUGACCAGUAUGCGGAGUCUGUGUUGGUUUUCCAGAACUGACUUUUUGGGUUGUAUUGGCAAAUCACAGUCCUAAAUGAUGAAUGUUGAAUGAUGCACUAUGUUUUUGUUUAAAUGAGAUUUCCUGAAAAUAGUUAAUUUCAGAAUUAAGGGAAAUUGAUGUCGCUAUCAUGAGGCAUCAUAAAAAUAUAUAUUUUAAAAGGCGAAGGCAUUUCAAGCAGAUAUAGUUCUUGAUGAAGCGGAAAGAACAUGGAUCUGGAAUUUGGAAGACCUAGCUAUUAGCUGCUACUAACCAACUCUGUGACUCUGGGAAAGGGGGACUCAGUUCUUAACUUCUGUAACAUGAGGACACUGGACUAUAUGAAUUCAGAACUUAGAAAAUUGGAAGGGACCUUAAAGCCCUCUAAGAAAGAGUUCGGGAAUGUUCUCCAUUGCUGUCACUUUUCCUCCAGAAAUAACCGGGCUUGGAAGUUAUUGGUCCAGUGGGAAUUUGAUUCCCCAUAGAAAUUGGAGAAAAGGUAAUGCAAGCAGAGAGGGACAGCUGUAUUUCUGCUUGAGUUAUAAACCCACUAACAGAUUCUGGUACGAAUUGUGGAGACAUAAAGAUAAUGAGUGUAUGUACUUUAAGUGUACCAGUUUCCUCACUCUCUCCUGGCAGAAGAUGCAGCACUUUUAGUGAUUCUGGGAUUCUGGGAUGUGUUCCUAUUAAUUCUAAUACAGAUGAAGAAGAUGUGGUAGAGGAAAAGAUGGUAGCGGAAGGAGUGAAUAAAGAGGCCAAACAGCCUGCUAAAAAGAAAAGAAAGAAGGGUUUGCGAAUUAAGGGGAAAAGGCGUCGAAAAAAAUUGAUUCUUGCCAAGAAGUUUAGUAAGGAUUUGGGAUCUGGGAGGCCUGUUGCAGAUGCCCCUGCUUUGUUAGCUUCCAACGAUGCUGAGCAGGAUGAAGAAAGUCUUUUUGAGAGCAAUAUAGAAAAACAGAUCUAUCUGCCUAGUACUAGAGCCAAGACCUCCAUUGUGUGGCACUUCUUUCAUGUUGACCCCCAGUACACCUGGCGGGCUAUUUGUAACCUCUGUGAGAAAAGCGUCAGCAGGGGUAAACCAGGUAGCCAUCUUGGUACAUCUACUCUUCAGCGACAUCUGCAAGCAAGGCAUUCACCUCAUUGGACCAGGGCCAACAAGUUUGGAGUUACUAGUGGAGAGGAGGACUUUACCUUGGAUGUAUCUUUGUCUCCCUCUUCUGGAAGCAAUGGAAGCUUUGAAUAUAUUCCUACUGAUCCAUUAGAUGAUAAUAGAAUGGGUAAGAAGCAUGAUAAAUCAGCAUCUGAUGCCCUAAGGGCAGAAAGAGGGAGAUUUCUCAUCAAAAGUAACAUUGUCAAGCAUGCUUUAAUUCCUGGAACUAGAGCCAAGACAUCUGCCGUUUGGAAUUUUUUUUACACUGAUCCUCAACACAUCUCAAGAGCUGUGUGUAAUAUAUGUAAAAGAAGUGUGAGCCGGGGUAGGCCAGGGUCCCACUUAGGGACUUCAACACUUCAACGACACCUGCAAGCCACACAUCCUAUCCAUUGGGCUGUUGCCAACAAAGACAGUGGUGCUGUUGCAAAUGGAUUAGAUGAAGCUGAGACUGAGAGAAGUGAUCUCUUGAGUGAUACCUUGCAUGGAGAAAAGUCUACAGGCAGCCAAGAUUUAACAGCUGAGGACCUUAGUGACUCUGAUUCAGAUGAACCUAUGUUAGAGGUUGAAAAUAGAUCUGAAAGUCCUAUUCCCGUUGCAGAGCAAGGCACUCUGAUGCAUGCGCAGGAGAGAGAAACAACAUGUUGUGGAAAUCCAGUCUCAAGUCAAAUAAGUCAGGCAAUUAUCCAAAUGAUUGUGGAGGAUAUGCAUCCUUACAACUACUUCUCAACUCCAGCCUUUCAGAGGUUCAUGCAGAUUGUGGCCCCUGAUUAUAGGUUGCCAUCAGAGACUUACUUUUUCACUAAGGCUGUACCUCAGUUAUAUGAUUGUGUCAGAGAAAAAAUUUUCUUAACUUUAGAGAAUGUUCAAAGCCAAAAAAUACACCUGACUGUUGACAUAUGGACCCAUGACCCUUCCACUGACUAUUUUAUUGUGACUGUACACUGGGUUUCUUUGGAAACUGCAUCUUUUCUCAAUAAUGGCAGGAUCCCCGAUUUUAGAAAGUGGGCAGUGCUUUGUGUUACAGGUUUGGCUAAAGACUGUUUGAUAACCAAUAUUUUACAAGAAUUGAAUGACCAGAUUGGUCUGUGGCUUUCUCCAAAUUUCCUUAUCCCUAGCUUCAUUGUUUCUGACAAUUCCUCUAAUGUGGUACAUGCAAUCAAAGAUGGUGGUUUUACCCAUGUGCCAUGCUUCCUGCAUUGUUUAAAUAUGGUCAUUCAGGACUUCUUCUGUGAGCACAAAAGCAUUGAGAAUAUGUUAGUGGCUGCUAGGAAAACCUGUCAUCAUUUUAGUCAUUCGGUCAAGGCCCGUCAGAUACUGCAAGAGUUCCAAAAUGAUCACCAACUUCCAUGGAAGAAUUUGAAGCAGGAUGAAACUGGCCAUUGGAUUUCUACUUUUUAUAUGUUAAAAUGGCUCUUGGAGCAUUGCUACUCAGUUCACCAUAGUCUUGGUAGAGCCAGUGGAGUUGUGCUCACCUCCCUUCAGUGGACUCUAAUGACUUAUGUUUGUGAUAUUCUUACGCCAUUUGAGGAGGCUACCCAGAAAGUGAGCGUGAAGACCGCAGGAUUGAAUCAGGUGCUACCCCUAAUCCAUCAUCUACUCCUUUCCUUGCAGAAACUCAGAGAAGAUUUUCAAGUCAGAGGUAUUACUCAGGCCCUCAAUCUGGUGGAUAGUUUAUCUCUGAAACUUGAAACGGAUACCCUGCUAAGUGCUAUGCUUAAAUCCAAGCCCUGUAUCUUGGCUACUUUGUUAGACCCUUGCUUUAAAAACAGUUUGGAAGACUUUUUUCCUCAAGGUGCUGAUUUAGAAACUUAUAAGCAGUUCCUUGCAGAAGAGGUCUGUAAUUAUAUGGAAUCUUCGCCAGAGAUCUGCCAAAUUCCAACUUCAGAAGCUUGUCCCUCAGUUACAGUAGGAACUGAUUCAUUUACCUCAUCUCUAAAAGAAGGCACCUCCAAUUCAGGGUCUGUCGAUAGCUCAGCUGUAGACAGUUGUGCCCUUGGAAGCAAAAGCUUCAUGUUCCCUUCUGCUGUAGCAGUUGUGGAUGAGUACUUCAAAGAGAAGUAUUCAGAGCUCUCAGGAGGUGAUGACCCUUUAAUUUACUGGCAGAGGAAGAUAAGCAUAUGGCCAGCUUUGACCCAGGUUGCCAUCCAGUAUCUAAGUUGCCCCAUGUGUAGUUGGCAAUCUGAAUGUAUCUUUACUAAAAAUAGCCACUUUCAUCCAAAACAGAUCAUGAGCCUGGACUUUGACAAUAUAGAACAACUGAUGUUUCUGAAAAUGAACUUGAAAAAUGUUAACUACGAUUAUUCUACAUUGGUUCUGAGCUGGGAUCCUGAGAAUGAAGUUGUUCAAAGCAAUGAAAAAGAAAUACUGCCUUAAUUUCUUUUUCUCCGUUUAAAAUGGGCAACGUUUUGCUGUGUUACUGUAUCUUAAUAGCUAUAGUUGUUAAAUAUAAUCGUUAUCUUUAUAAACACA